UAGGAUGUCUCUGCUGCUUUGUUGGGCAGUGAUGGCUCUGCACCUCGCAACAGGGGUGGAUGCUGCCUCGGGGGUGGUGAACACUACAGAGGAGGAGGUGGAAGGGGUGGACUCCCAGUCACCAUGCCCAGCCGGGUGGCAUCAGAAUGAGCAUCGCUGCUUCUCCUUCUACCCCGUCUGGGCCACCUGGGCCACUGCAGAGUCGUACUGCUCCCAGCACAGAGGGAACCUGGUGUCGGUUCACAGCCCUGGUCAACAGAUGUUUGUCCAGGAUCUGGUCAGGAGACACACAUACCAGCCGGUCUGGAUAGGAGGCUACGACGCAGCUCUGGAGGGGAUGUGGCUGUGGAGUGACGGCUCAGCUGUUGACGAUGUUUACUGGGAGGAGGAUGAGCCCAGUAACUCUGGACAGGGGGAGAACUGUAUGGAGCUACACACUGGAGGUGGGCAGGGUUGGAAUGACGUGUCCUGUGGAGAGCUGAGGUUCUAUGUGUGUUCUAUGGAGACAAGAUCUAGUUUAGCAGCAUUGCCAAGUCAGAAGGAAGCAGACGAGAGAGGUAGGAUUGUCUUGGCCCAUUGCCUAGGCUAGACAAAACGUUUAUUUUGUUACAGGUACAGUUCCUUGUUGAAUGGCACUCUGACAUGUAGAAGAUGACAGCUGUCUGAUGAUUAAUGACGCUUGCGAAUGCUAUGCCAUUUCAAACUUUAAAACAUGUUGAUCUGGCUAGAAUUGUUUUUAAAUUAUGACACUUUUUGUCCUCCUAUAAAAUCUCUUCCUCUUUAAUGGGAUAUCUUCAACAUUAUAAAGCUCCCUUUAUUUAAAUCUCCCACUUUAAAUCUGACUUCCAACAUUCUGUUCACUCUAAACAAUGUGCCUUUGACACGAAUCAGCUAUUUUGACCCCUUACCCAGUAGCUUCGACAAAAACGUAGAGCAUAUUAUUAGUCUACUCUGCUAUUCAAAUCUAAAAUUAGAACAGAAAUAACUUUUACCAGUCAAACUAUACAGCUGUUUUGGUAACUGCAUCAACUAGUUUAAUGUAGCUAACUUCCUACUGUUGAAUUAACUGC